GUCAGAGGCCCGGAAAGCAAUGCGACGACACCAGUUGAUGCCGUGGAGUCUGAUGAGGCUUGGGCAGCCUCUCGUCGUUACGCCAAAUCUUUUGUUUGCAACCAGUGUCGAUUCGUGUUUGGCUCGCUGAAUGCGCUCUGUGAGCACACAUACUCUCUGCACAAGGCUUUUCGUUGCAACUACUGUCAGGCCCAAUUCACACAGCGCUCCAAUCUUCAGCGGCACUCCCUACGCCACGUGGGAUUCAAGCCCUUCGUCUGCGCUGUCUGCUCUAAAGAGUACUACCGUAAGGAUCACUUAGUGCGGCACAUUGAGAUCACGCAUCCCGGCUCAGACCCUAAGAGCAGCAUCAUUGUGAAGUUGAGUUCGGCCGAGUGUCUGGACUACCUGGAAUCACUUGCUGAACAGGGUCAGCACCCUCGUGAACCAGAAGCAACCACGGGGCCGGAACUACAGAUGCCUGAAACAGGUAGUGCCAUCACAACUGUAGAGCAGACAUAG